AUGGCGCCGCCCGCCGCCCGCCUCGCGCUGCUCUCCGCCGCCGCGCUCACUCUGGCGGCCCGGCCCGCGCCCGGCCCCCGCCCCGGCCCCGAGUGUUUCACAGCCAAUGGUGCAGAUUAUAGGGGAACACAGAGCUGGACAGCACUGCAAGGCGGGAAGCCAUGUCUGUUCUGGAACGAGACAUUCCAGCAUCCAUACAACACGCUGAAAUACCCCAACGGGGAAGGUGGUCUGGGUGAGCAUAACUAUUGCAGAAAUCCAGACGGAGACGUGAGCCCCUGGUGCUACGUGGCGGAACAUGAGGACGGUGUCUACUGGAAGUACUGUGAUAUUCCUGCCUGCCAGAUGCCUGGAAACCUUGGCUGCUACAAGGAUCAUGGAAACCCACCUCCUCUCACUGGCACCAGUAAAACAUCCAACAAGCUCACCAUACAAACCUGUAUCAGCUUUUGUCGGAGUCAGAGGUUCAAGUUUGCUGGGAUGGAGUCAGGCUAUGCCUGCUUCUGUGGGAACAACCCUGACUACUGGAAACACGGGGAGGCAGCCAGCACCGAGUGCAACAGUGUCUGCUUCGGGGACCACACGCAGCCCUGUGGUGGGGACGGCAGGAUUAUCGUCUUUGACACUCUCGUGGGCGCCUGCGGUGGAAACUACUCAGCCAUGGCCGCCGUGGUCUACUCGCCUGACUUCCCUGACACCUACGCCACUGGGCGGGUCUGCUACUGGACUAUCCGGGUUCCAGGAGCCUCUCACAUCCAUUUCAACUUCACCUUAUUUGAUAUCAGGGAUUCUGCAGACAUGGUGGAGCUGCUGGAUGGCUAUACCCACCGCGUCCUGGUCCGUUUCAAUGGGAGGGACCAUCCGCCUUUGUCCUUUAAUAUCUCUCUGGAUUUUGUCAUUCUGUAUUUCUUCUCUGAUCGCAUCAAUCAGGCCCAGGGAUUUGCUGUCUUAUACCAAGCCACCAAGGAAGAAGCACCACAGGAGAGGCCUGCAGUCAACCAGACACUGGCAGAGGUGAUCACCGAACAAGCCAACCUCAGCGUCAGUGCCGCCCACUCUUCCAAAGUCCUCUACGUCAUCACCACCAGCCCCAGCCACCCACCGCAGACUGUCCCAGGAUGGACCGUAUAUGGCCUAGCCACCCUCCUCAUCCUCACAGUCACAGCUGUCGUUGCAAAGAUCCUUCUGCAUGUCACGUUUAAGUCUCAUCGUGUUCCUGCUUCAGGAGACCUUAGGGACUGUCGUCAACCAGGGGCUUCUGGAGAGAUCUGGACCAUUUUCUAUGAACCUUCCACUACAAUCUCUAUCUUUAAGAAGAAGCUUAAGGGCCAGAGCCAGCAAGAUGACCGGAAUCCCCUUGUGAGCGACUAAAGCCUCAUUGCGCCCAGACAGGAGGCUCCUCUCUGAGCUCCAGGCUGCUGGGGGUCCCUUCCCCCAUAGUUCCUCUCUGAGGACUUCCCUGCCUCUCCAUUCCCCUAGGUCUCAUGGGGCCACCCUUCUCCAGACUGGGAAGGGCACCCUGUUUUAGGGGCAGCGUAGCCUGGAGUUCUCCUCCAUCACUUGCACUUAGCUAGACCCUCGUGGCCCCAGAACCCGGCCUGCAACCCUGUCUCCACUGGGGAUGGAUGCUAAGACUGGGCGGGCUGACAGGAUACAGCUGGGCCUGAUUCCAGAAGACUGCUGGGUGGUGGGUAGUUUAGUGUGUGAUGAUGAGUUUUUCUUGCUUCUUCUCUAUUUUGUCCACGUAUGGAUCAGUUUCCCCUGGUCUACAGUUUGGAACAGAGCCAGACGGAAGAAAUUCUCAGGUUUUCUUGAAGGCUGGCCUGGUUCCCUGCCAAGUGUGGUCUCCUGGACAUUAGCACCUCAGAGUGCACAGAGGCCCAGUGCUCUGUACUGGCCCUGUAGCUUUCUCUGAUGCCGACUAAGAUGUGCCUCAUCUAGUCUGAGGGGACUGAGAACAGGUUCACACUAGAUGUCUUCUUUCUAGAGGAUUCUUUCAAAUACUCACUGACCUGCAGAGUUGAACAUAAAAAACAAAAAAUCCAUCUGUUUAUCCAUGGAGCAGACACAGUAAACUUCUUGUAUACUAGACUUACCUAGCCUGACCCCAGGCAGUUCACAGUCCUGUGGAGUCUGAACUCGGCCUGUCUCCCUGUCCUCUCAGCCAUCUCCUAGUUCAGGAGUUGGACGGCUGUAGCGUAGUGCUGGGCUGUAGCUCACAGGUAGAGAGAGCGCUUGCCUUGCAUGCAUGAGGCCCUAGGGUCAAUCCAGUACUGCCAAAAAGGGGGAGGGAAAAAGACUAGCACAGCCUGUGGGCAGCAUCCCACGAUGAGACAGCAGACCCGUAGAUCCUACAUCAUUUGAAAAGAAGCUCAGAACUCCCAAGAGCUAUGUCCUUUACCCUUGUCAUGGGGACAGAGUAGUUAGGAGUGAGGGCUCCUGUCCCGCCCAUCACUCUGUCCCUUAGACAGGGAGACAGACGACAGAAGUUGGCAAAAGGAAAAGGCAGGGCUUGGGAACUGGAGAUCUUCCCAGGAGAGGCUGGAAGAUUGAGAGUCCCAGCUGCACUGGCCGCCAGUUGUGAGAGGAAGGGCCAUCCCUGAUGGAAAAGUCCAACAGUCUGGAAGUGGCCUUUGUCGGCAGCAGCUGAGAGGAACAGGCUGUGCCCUGAAGUGGACCUUGGUCAGCGUGUGGCUGUCCGGCCAGCACUCGAGCUUUGGUGUCUGCAGACUCCGAUCUCCUGGGGCCCUCUUGGAGCACUGUGCAUACUUCCCCUGCAUCUCUAAGCCACUGCCAUUGGAGCCUCUUGUAGUGUUCGGUAACCCAUCAGGAGCUGCCUGCUCCACGACAGAGGACUGUAUGGGACCAUCAGGGAGCGUCCUCGGGGAGAGGCACUGCCCAGGUGACGGUAGAGAGGCAACCAGAGGAGCAAAGAGUGUCUCUCCAGUGGGCCGGGGUGCUGGCCAGCUCCCAUGGGAGGCCUGCGGGGACACAGAGCUGCUGGGGGUCAUCUUCUCACUUUGAUCUGGAAAAGCUGCAUGCUCCUGGGUCUGAAGACAGGCUCACCACCCACGAAGACCGCUGGAAAUAGACUGCCAGGAGCAGGGUCCACUUCAGGCUGUUGCUAGCGUUUGUGGGAUCCCCUCUGAGAACAAGUAUGAGUCACAGGGCGCCAUGUGCACAGCACACAGAGGAUGUGGGCGCUCUCCCAGGGAAGGUUCAGCUGGCCAGGACCAGGCUUCUUCAGGCCACUGCUCACCUGCCUCUUCACAUCUCAGGCACAGGAAGCCAUGCCACAGUGGUGGCAGCUCCAGCUCAGCUGCCCUUUAUGGGUGUCCUCGGGAAGGGCAGUGGACGUGCCCACACUCCUCUUGCCGCUGGUCUAGGCACAGCCCAGUGUUCCAGCCACCACCUCCUCUGUGGGGAGCAGCCCCAGGAAACACAAACUCACCUUACAACAGCAUGGGGCAGUGGGAAGGGCUGUAAUCACCCAGGCCAAACCUCCAGAAAUGGCAGCCACGGUCUGUUAGAACCUGGAGCGGUGUGUUUACCAGUCGGCUGGCAAACACUGAGAGGUGGGCGGCCAGGGCACUGAGUGUGCUGGGGGCAGGGGGCUUUUGAGUUGAGGUGGGCGGAGGUUUCCUGAGAAGAACAGCAACAGGAAAGACUGCUUGGCCCCUCAGAGAUGUAGGCACAGGUACCUGUGUUCUUCUCCACUGGUCUCACUGCUUACAAAGUAGAGACAGAGUAGGAAAGAAGCCUGUGCCUCCCCCACGUCAGCAAGGACAGGGCUGAGGCUGCAUGGAGUGAGCAAGGUGACCAGACUUCUCAAAAUGUGGGCUCUGGCUUCAGACUCCUCAGCCAAAAGCUCUCGAAGAUCAAAGCUCUGGCAGGUGCAGCUGUCCUGGCCCCUGACCCAGCCCAUGGGAUGUGCCUGGGCCAGGUGCCACCCCAUGUCCCCGUGUCAGCCCAGGCGGGACCCCACCUGACCUUCCCCAUCAGCCACUGGUCUGACACCACAGGACAUGCACAGCUGUUGCCAACCUCGGGGACAGUCCACACUUAACCUUCAAGAGCACUUAGAAGCGGUGGCCUCCCAGACUCUGACCCAGCUGCGGGACCCACACUAGGUCUCCUAGGCCAGCUCCUCACUCCACAGUCCUCCAUGGUUACCUCUGGGGCUCCUCUGGGGUCUGGAAUCUCCUGUUUGGUGUCUGAUGUCUACUUUGGGUACUGCCUUGGGAACUGUCUACCCUCCACUUGUCCCCUCCCGCCUUUGUUUACUGUCCCCACCCUACCUCCAGGCCGCUCUCAGCCCAGCUGCUCUGGUGGGAGGGUGGGGGCACUUGUCAGACCUGCCAGCCACACCCCCACCCUGUCUGCCAACAGAACCCGGGCCUUCACACAGGCUCCUGUCUUGCCGUGUUGGAGCUGAGCACACUGGCUGAGGCUGAGUGGGUGAGGGGGACAGUGGGAGGUGAAUCUCUCAUGUCAGAGGGAAGUAUGCAAGGGAUCCUUUCUUGCCUGCACAGGAAGCUGCCAUCCCCGCCACCCUCGUGGCACCAAGACCUUCCCAUUUCCAAACUCGCCCUCCAGCAGGGAUCUGACUUUGGACAACAGGCUUUAUUUGUAAAUAUGCUCUUAAUAUGCAACUUUGAGAAUAAAAUAGAAACAUCAUGUAUUUUAAAAUAUAAAAUGAAGUGUGACACACUGUAUACAAUUUAAUAUAUAUUUUUAGGAUUUUGUUAUUUAAGAAAAUGGAAUGUGAUGGUACUUAACUUUUACAAAAGAGAGAAAAAUGUUAUUUUUACUGUUUGAAGAAAAUAAAUAUUCUCAUUGUUGUAGAAA